CUCCGCUUGGCUCGUGAAGCCCUAAUUAGCGCCUACCGGGCUGUGAUAGUGUUCAGUGCUGUGCACACGCACCCACGAAGCAGAUAAUCAGCAACCUCACGAUGCGUCGCUUCUCGUCACUAGGGCACAGGCUGCGCGGCGCCGCUUUGUUAAGAAGAGAGACGUUCGACGAAGCUGUCGGCAAUACCCCACUCAUAAAGCUGCAGGGCCCGUCCGCGGCGACGGGCUGCGACAUCUAUGGGAAAUGCGAGUUCAUGAACCCCGCCGGCAGCGUCAAAGAUCGAGCGGCAUUGAACAUCUUCCGCGAGGCCGAGGCGGCGGGCAAACUCCAGAGGGGCGGCGUCAUCGUCGAAGGCACGGCGGGCAACACGGGAAUUGGUCUCGCGGCCGUCGCGGCGACGCGGGGCGUAAGGUGCGUGGUCGUCAUCCCGGAGACGCAGACGGAGGAGAAGAAGGACUGUUUGAGACAGCUGGGGGCGAGGGUCGUCGAGGUGCCGGCGGCGCCCUACAAAUCGGAGAACAACUACCAAAAAGUAAGCAAACGUCUGGCGGAGGCGCUCGGAGGCGUCUGGGCGAACCAGUUCGACAACGUCGCGAACCGCGACGCGCACGUCCGGACGACGGGGCCGGAAAUCUGGCGCCAGACGGAGGGCCGCGUCGACGCGUUCUCCUGCGCCGUGGGCACGGGCGGGACCCUCGCGGGCACGGCCCAGUUCCUGCGGGAGGCGUCGGGCGGGCGCGUGCGCAUCGGGCUGACGGACCCGCCGGGCGCGGCUUUGUUUCGAUAUUACCGCGACGGCGAGCUCGCCAGCGAGGGCGACUCGAUCACGGAGGGCGUGGGCCAGGGGCGCAUCACCGCCAACUUGGAAGGGUUCACGCCGGACGUGCAGUACGAGAUUGAAGAUAGGUUCUCGCUCGAGGUCGCCUUCGCGUUGCUGCGGGAGGAGGGCCUCGCGCUCGGGCUGUCGAGCGGGUUAAAUGUCGCGGGCGCGAUGCGCGUGGCGAAGGACCUGGGCCCGGGCCACACCGUCGUGACGAUCCUCUGCGACGGCGCGGCGCGCUACGCGUCGAAGAUGUUCAACGUCGAGUUUCUCAAGGAGCGGGGCCUGCCGCACCCGCCGUGGCUCGUGGACGGGGAGGACGACGUCGACGCGGCGGCGCGGAGCGUGAUGGUGGAGGAGGAAUAA